CAUCGAAGUCAUGAAAUUCACAAACCCCCUAACGGAACUCUUACUGUUUUGUAAACCGCGGAUCCAAAAACUGUGGUCGGCUGGGAACGAGGGUAGGACCACAUUUCCCAGAAGACCACGGGCCUACGCUGCCAAAGCCAUUGUGCGUGUGACGUUGAUGCUGGUCUUGUUUUGGCAGUUUGUUUCGUUAUUCUCGCUUAUCAGUCCACCAAGAAGCAUUGACAGUGUGAUUCGUCGACUCCAAGUUCUGAUGGCACUGAUGGAGCUGUGACCUUUGUCUGGUGGUCUUAAGGAGCUGGGGUAAGUGUAGCUUCACGAUGGCAGACGGCGGCAGUGACGAUGAGGUCAUUCAUCUGGCGAGUUUCAACGUCCACCGCAGUCAACGCCGGUCUGCCAAGAAGAGGGUGCUCAUCACCAUUUCAGAUGACUCAAAUGAUUCAGAUGAGGAGCCCAUGAUCUUUAUUCCUGGCAGUCCAGUUUUAGUUCCAGAUGAUGGUGAAGACGAUGACAUCAGCAUACUGGAGCAUCAAGUUCCUCCACAAAGACUUUUGAUCCGACCAGCAGCCAAAUGGGGCACGGUUUCUUCCAGACUGAGUCAAACUGUAAGUUCCUCUAGUCAAACAGCUGUGAUCCCCGCAGUCAAUCCAAGCCUGGCCCCAUCUACCUCCAGACAUGCCACUGCCAGCUCCACUGUAGCAGAGACAGCCACACGGACUGAAACAGCAGUGCAGCCCGGCACCUCUGGAGACACACAGCCACAGCCUGGCUCUUCUUCUUCUAACGCAGUGACUCAAAACUCAUCGAAACCUGACGUAACGUCGCAACAGGACAGUACGUUAACCAAUCAAAAUGUGGAGCUUCAAGCAGUUUCUACUGUUCAAAACACAUCUACCUCCACAACAGCAACGGCUGAGGAGAGCUUAGGCCAAGCAACUCCAGGAGCCUUUCACGCUCAGCCCAGUGCCCCCGGAGCCUCAUCCGAACCGAGAGCUGGCUGUUCUGCACAGAUACCAGUGAGGACGACUGCGUGCAGCUCUGCCCGUGCCACACAUUACUCUGGUGCAGCUACAGCAAGUGUUGCAACGAUGACAAAGACAGAAGAGCGGGCGGGUCCGAGCUCUGACUCACAGGACAAUCCUCAGGCUAGCACAUCGUCUGCACACGCACAGCCUCAGCCAGGUACAUCAUCGCAGCCUCCCUCCAGCGGAGCUACAAACUUCCUACAGGUAAAAGCACUGAAGCCAUUUGUUCUUCAGCAAAAGCCAACGUUUCAGGUCUCUACUCUAGUGACCCAGCGCCAGUGGCAGCCUCGGGCCCACAACCAGGUGCAGUUCGUUUCAUCCCACCAAAUGCAGGGCAAUCUUAUUCAGAUUGAACCACAGCCCCUGGCCCAGGCCCCUGCCCAACCCCCGGUCCAGGCAGCACAACCCCCCCAGGCGAUGCUCGUCAACUCCCACACAGUGCUUAUAGCUGCAGCCCCAGAGAGACUUGGACCUCUGGAACCUGGCCACCGGAUUGUUCUGGGGAGCCAGGUUCCCGGGGAGGCUGAGCCCAUGCCUCCCCCACAGGCCGGCGUCUCCGGUGUUGCCCCAGCAGUGCUCGGCUUUAACAUCAUGGCACCUCACGUCAUCUCCAACCCCAUCGUUCCGCCUGCUUCGACAGCCUCGGUCCCUGACAACAGAGGAGAGGCUCGUCUCAUCACAGCGCCAAACCCAGAGAGGGUCACCCCACUGCUGGAGGUCGUGGCAGUCCCUCGGGCCCUGGAGGCCAUUCCCCAAAUCGAAGAUGCAAGACCUGGACCCUCUGGAGGAAUGCAGCUACCCCCCCACAUCAGAGGCCCUAUCACUGUGGUUCUGGAUCUGUUCCCAGACGUUCAGGAAGCCUAUGUAGCAGAACUGAUGCAGAAGAAUAAUGUGAAAGACGUGAAUGUUAUCUGUAACCUGCUGUUGGAGAAUCCAGACUACCCCAGGAGAGAGACUGCAGCAGUGGCCGCUGCAGCUCCGAGCAGCAUCCUGCUGGAGUCUGGAAACACCCAGACAGACGUGGCCGAGGAUCUGUUUGACUACGCCAAGCUGGGCACGGUGGGACUGGAGGCUGUGAUGCAGGCUGCAGAUCUGCUCAUGUCAGAUUUCAGGAUGCUGAGCUGUCAGGACAUCAAAUGGGCCCUCAACGCCAUGAAGGGACACUAUGCAAUAACACGCAAGGCCUUAUGUGAAGCUCUGAAGAAGUGGCAGGACGCAUGCGACCCCUCAGGGAAGAGACGACGGAGCAGAACCUCGUCUGAGCGAUGUUACAUUGAUUUUUAUUUUGAACACGGAUCAGUGAAGUUGACCAGGAGGAUGUAUUUCCUGGAGAACGAUCGCCGCUACUGCAGAACGUACAACAGUCUGGAAGCCUCUGUGCAGAAGGAGUUGGUGUUCUAUCAACAGAAGGCCAAGGAAUGGGCUGAGCAUGAAGACUUCCUUCUGGCUCUGCAGGUCAAUGAAGAUGAAUAUAAGAAGGACGGUCAGCUGAUAGAGUGCGGCUGCUGCUACGGAGAGUUUGCCUUUGAGAAGAUGACGCAGUGCUCAGACGGUCACCUCUUCUGUAAGGAGUGUCUGGUCAAGUACGCCCAGGAGGCAGUGUUCGGCUCCGGAAGGUCAGAGCUGAGCUGCAUUGAGGGCGGCUGCCUCUGUUCUUAUCCAGUGUGUGAGCUGGAGAAGGUUCUGCCAGAGAACAUACUGUGUAAAUACUACGAGCGGCAGGCAGAGGAGGCCGUGGCUGCCACCUGUGCCGAUGAACUCGUCCGGUGUCCAUUCUGCAACUUCCCAGCCCUGUUGGACAAACACAUGUCUCUGUUCAGCUGCCCCAACCCUCGCUGUCGCAAGGAGAGCUGCAGGAAGUGCCAUGUCCAGUGGAAGCAGCACAUGGGCAAGACGUGCGAGCAGGUCCUUGAGAGGGACGAGAUUCGCACCAGGAUUCUCUUCGAGGAGCGAAUGACCGCCGCCAGAGUCAGGAAGUGUGUCAAGUGCACCACCGGCUUGGUCAAGUCCGAAGGAUGCAACCGUCUGCUGUGCCGCUGUGGCAGCGCCAUGUGCUAUCUCUGCCGCGAGCUUAUCACCGGCUACAACCACUUCUGCCAACACGCCCGUUCUCCUGGCGCCCCCUGCCGACACUGUCGCAAGUGUUCCCUGUGGACCGACCCCACGCAACAAGACGAGGAAAUCAUUCAGGAGAUCCAGAGGGAAGGAGAGGCAGAGCUGACUAAGAAAAGUGCCGAUAAUGCAGAGAAGAGAGUGGGUCCUUCUCCGGUCAUCGCAGCAAAGCGUCCGCGUGUGGGUCCGCCACCCGAAAACCAACCCAACCCCAACAACCAACCUGCUCUUAUACCUCCUCCUCGACCUCUUCCUCGACCUCUUCCUCCUCCUCCCCCACACCCUCAGCCUCACCCUCAGGCGGUACAGGCUCCCCUCUUCGUCCCUCCACACGCCCACUACCCUCCACCGCCCAACCAGGUAGCCAGGUUUUACAUCCCACAGAGGCUGCGCCCAGCUCCCUACGUGCCCCACCAGCCGCACAUGCCCCAUAUGAACAACUUCAACAACAACCACAACUAUCAUCACCACAACCACAACCCUCCCGUCAACCCCACCCAGUUCCUCCAAAACUUGGACGGAAUGGAUCUGCCGAUGCACUACGGACCGGCCCAUCGACACUACAGAGGCUUCUGAAAGAUGGUCAUCUCUGACGUGUGUGUAAGUGUGCGUGGAUGUGUGUCAACCACUGAGGUCAUCAGUACACAAACACGGUACAAACACUCUGUGGAGGAAGAGACGUCUUCUCAGUUAGGUGUCACUUAAUCAGGACAUGUUUUCACAUUUUUUAGGCUGCACUGUUUCUCUCUUUCUUCCAUCCGUAACAGCUACUGUACGCUCUUACACACACACACACACACACACACACACUGUUGCACACCUUGCCUUCAUGUGCUGAACAUGGGACUUCAGUAAUGUCGGCAAAGCAGUCAUCAUGCGUUUUUUUUCCUCCUCAUAUAUCGGAGUUGAACUGAUACUAAUGGUUGGGAUUUUCUCUUUAUACAAAUAUUUUUGAGUACAGAAAAUUACAGAUAACAUUCCCUUCUGUAUGUUUUGGAUUUCUAAUAAAGAUUUCUGUUCACCUCCUGGUCAGACUUCUGAUCUAAUGCAAAUGAAUAAAAGAAAAUGUGCCUAUAGAAGUAUUCACACCACUUGGAAUUUCAAGUAUCAAAAUGACACUAAGAUACUUAAUUUCAGAAGAGGUUAAAACCUCAUGUUUGUUUUUUUUUUAAUGCUGAAUUCAUUUAAGAGCCAUGUGUGAACUUUUCUAUCCUGUCUGGAAGUCGUUGUCUUCGACCAGUUUGUCUUCCUCUGCCCCUCCCUCUCUCCUUUCUUCUUGUCACCCUGCAUUUAGAAAAAGGGGCUGACUCAUGACAACUGAGCCUCGGGGCUCAGCACCAAUCACAUGACAGAAGAGUCCUCUCCUCCAAUCACAGCACAGCGACUGCGGGGGCUUUGUCAAGUCAUGAAUGCAGGGACUUUUUUUGUUCAACCACAAGUGUGCUGCUGCUGCUCCGAGUGUGACAAAUCGCUUUGCUACACACACGCCUGCAGAGUCAACACACUCACCGCCUCUUCUUUCCAUGGUCGUCUGUUCAACGUAGCCAAAUGAGCCCCCCCCCCAUCUCCCCGACCCCCAGUACAGCCCCGGGGUUCUAAUACUGUUAGUCAUGGGUGAUGUGAAGCAGACUGUGUUUUUUGUGGGAGUCAGAAUUACAGUUUAAUCAGAUUUAGUUUCUGCUGACACCAGCCGUGCUGUUGUGAGUUACAUUUGUUCACUGUAUUUAUAACAAAGACACAUAAAGACGUGCAGGGACUUCUAUAAAUACCGCUGUAUUCACAAGUACUGCUUACAUUAGGCUCAUUUUACUUCUAACCAAAAACCAUCAUGGUGUCAUUGGAUCAGCUUAACAGCAUUUUGGGUUUCAGCCUCCAGGGACGACAAAUGUUUGCACCAAACUGCACAGAUGUCCAUUGUUUGUCCUAAAGCAAAUGACUAGAUGACUAUCAUGAACAAAUGAUGUUAAGGCUCCACAGUCAAUGUGACAACAGCAACAAUUGCCUCUCUGUGUUUUAGGUCAUAAUUUAAGUUGUAUUCUAGUUUUAGUUUUUCUUUUGAAACAGCUGUCAUUGACAACAUGGACUGUAGGGAAUCUUGUGUUUUUCUCAGUAUUGUUCUACAGUCUGUAGUCAUGUAUGUUUAACCUUAUUUACGUCAUACAUGUUGUACCAAAACAAUGACAGUUUUUUAUUCAAACUGCUAAAAUAACAGGUUCUGGCCCUUUCUUUGAAUAGCUGGUGCUUUUUUUAUGCCGUGAAUGGGUUUUUGAUAAGAAGCUAUUUGAGCUGCAUUUUGUCAGUGUUUUUCUUUUUUUAUAAACUACACAUGACGUCCAUAUCUGCGCCGCCACCUGAGGAGAUAUAAUACUCUUUCUUCCGGCUAAGAAAAAAAAAAAAAAAGAGAGAACACUGUGGUCUGCACUGUAUUUACACAAGAUUAAAAACGUGUGUGUAUUUGUUUGUGUACCCUGACUAGUCCACAGAGACCACUGGUAUUUGGUGUUUUGCUCCCUAGACGCCCUCUGUUUUACCUCCUCUAACAAUGUUUGCGCUUGUUAUUGAUCGCCUGUAUCGUAAUGACUCAGUGUGUGUGUACCUGGUAUUUCUGUACAUACUUAUAUUUUUGAGAUUGACUUGGCACAGAUUUUUUAGAGGAUGUUCUUCCUGAUGCAAACCCGUAGACUUACAGCUUGCCACUAGGCCUUUGCUUAUUUGCCCUCAGGAUCCUCCGUAUGGUGGGCAUUUCGGAGGCCUGAUUCUAAAUCCUACAGGUACCAGCUUUAUGUAUUUACUUUGUAUACAAUUUGCCUCAUAGCAGUGAACAGCUGAGUCUGCUUUGAAUGGUCGAACAAGAAAAAAUACAAAAAAAAUAUG